UUGAGAGUAUACAAUAUUUUUUAAGUAAAAAUAGUGACAAGUAACAUCAAAAUUUGUUUAAAACUUUUAACUAUUGGGAUGUUAAUGAACGGUCAAUAAGUGUCAACGCAAGUCACCAAAACAUAGCCAAAUGCCGAAUUUGCAGUCGUCGGUGGGGCUGUUGUCGGAGGUCGGAGUUGGAGAUUGGGUUAAGAAAUAUCGUGUAUAUAUGGUUUUUGCGGAAAUUUUCUCAUAAACUUAUUUCAAAGUUACUAAAUUCGAGAUUCAUAUAAUUGAUGUUUCCAUGGAUGAAGGAGCAUAUUACGGAGGCUUGGAAUAGUAGGAAGAGCUCAAGGGGUGCUAAAAAACACUCCAAUGGUUCUUCCGAUCGUUCCAGAGGAAUGCAAGCUACUUCCGAAAGCUUCAUCGUUCGCGUCAUCAGUCUGGAAGCAACAGUGCUUUGCGUUCCUGUAACCCUGGAAUUCACCAUCGAUAAAGUCAAAUCAAUUGCCACGGAACAUUUCUAUGGGCAUGACAAAAAUAAAAAGAGUAGGCAAUUUCGUUUGAUACACUCGGAACAGCUGAAAAAACUCGACGAUGAGAAAAACUUACAAGACGAAGAAAUUUCCGAGUCGGAUGAAUUGUUAUUGGUUCAAGUUAGACCUCUGGUUGAAAAAGAGAAUUUGUCCGAAGAAGCUCUGAAAGGACCUUUGGAUGAUGAAAUUAUUAAAGCCACGAAAGAUUUGUUUGUGAGAAAUCCUCCCAAGCCAGCAAUCAAUUCCGAUUGCCCAGCUGAUUUUCAGAAUGAAAUACGGAAAAUUUUAGUCACCCUUGUUCAGACAUCUGCGAAAAUUCUCAUGCACAGUCCAGAUGCUGUCAAGUUUUACGAGAUAAUCAAAGAAAAAUUACAAGCUCAAUUACAACCUCCCAAUGAUCCUAAGGCUGUAAAGUACCUUGUGGAUAUGGGCUUUUCGGAAAGAAGAGCUCUAAAAGCCUUGAGAUUGAGAAAAAUGAACGCGUCCGAAGCUUUGGAAUGGCUCUUGGAACAUCAAGAUGAUCCCGAUGAUGAGGAAGACUUGCAACUUUCAUCUUUGAAUUCAUUCUUGGGCGAUCAAGUUGGUCCUAGCUCAUCAGGCAACGAACCAAAAGUGCAGAAGGAACGAAAUUUAAUGUAUGUGGUAAAUUUGUUGCUGGACACCUAUAAACAGCAUCAAAAACUUGAUUUCAAAGCUGAUCCAAAGUUGAUUGAAUCUUUGGAAGAAAUGGGAUUUGAAAGACCCAAAAUCAUAGAAACGCUCAAAAUAACGGGAAACAAUCACGCGAAUGCUUGUGCUUGGUUACUUGGAGAAAGAAGACGUAGCUUAAAAAAUUCUUACAAAGGUAUGGAUCCAGAUGGCCCGAUUUAUAGUGCAAUAAUGAAUAAUCCUCAAAUACAAUUAAGUUUGGCAAAUCCAAAGAUGUUGCUUGCCUAUUUAUCCAUGCUCGAGACGCCACUAUCGACGAGUGUAUGGAUGAAAGAUCCACAAGUUUCGCCAGUAUUGAGUCAAAUUUUCAAAACGUAUCAUGGGGAGAAGCACGCUAUUCACGUAAAUCGUUACAACGACGACAGCUAACACUUUCCUAUUUAUUAUAUUUUAAUUGCGUCAACUUUUCACCCGAGUUAUUACGAAUAACGAAAAUGUCUAAAAUUGGAAAAGAAAAAAAGAUUUCUGAAUAAUACAUGUACUUUUUUAAAUUUGAAGUUCUUCGGUUUGUGAAUUUUGUAAAACACAGUAACGUAAACUGUUUUAUUAGGUUUGUCAACUCGUGAUUAAAAUAGAUUCUUCUUUGUAAAAUUCAAUUUAUAGAUAUUUGUUUCAUUAAUACAUAUUUAGCAACUAAACAAAUUUUUGUGCAUAAACUUUCUCUGCAAUCGCUGCCACUAAUUAAUAACUAAGUUUCGCAAACACUGUUAAUG